AUGGUUAAAGAUUUGAGCCUUCCGUUAGAGCAUAUUCGUAGUGAGAUGGUUGUGACGAAUCCAUUAGGAAAUAGUGCUCGGGUGAGACAAGUAUGUCGAGUGUGUCCUAUAUGGAUUCAGGGAAUUGAAUUCCCUGUUAAUCUAAUGGAAUUACCAUUUGAUGAAUUUGAGGUUAUUCUUGGUAUGGAUUGGCUUUAUCAUUAUUAUGCCAACGUGGAUUGUAGAGUUAAGCGAGUUCAAAUAACAAGUCUUGAUGGAGUAGAGUUUGAAGAUAUUCCGAUAGUCAGAGAGUUUCCAGAAGUAUUUCCGGAUGAGUUACCUUUGUUACCUCCAGAUAGGGAGGUUGAGUUUCAGAUUGAAGUGAUGUCUGAAUCAACACCAAUUUCAAUGGCUCCUUAUAGAAUGACCCCAAAAGAAUUGAAAGAGUUAAAAGUUCAGUUGCAGGAACUUCUAGAAAAAUGA